AUUCCAGCACAGCUGAAGAGGAAGAUGGAGGUCACCGCUCGUUGUGCUGCUGUGCUGCUCGUCCUGCUUCUAUCUCAGGCCCUGAUCGCUGUUCACUCACAGGAGGAGGAGGAGGUUGUCCAGGAGGGGGAGGUUGUCCAGGAGGGGGAGGUUGUCCAGGAGGGGGAGGUUCUCCAGGAGGAGAGCCUGCAGGAGGAGGACCAGCAGGUGAUCGAGACGUGGACGCGGAACAUCAAAGCCUGCACCUGUGACUGUGAAUCUGCUGAUUCACCGACAGGUAUCCCCUCUGUCAUCCCACCCGUCCUGCCGACCUCACUGCCGCCGCCGCCACCUCAGGGUCACCUGCUGAACUGCAUGCCAGAAUGCCCCUACCACAGAGCCCUGGGCUUUGAAUCUGGAUCUGUGACAUCAGACCAGAUCAGCUGCUCAAAUCAGGACCAAUAUGUCGGCUGGUACUCCUCCUGGACCCCCAGCAAGGCUCGCCUUAACAACCAAGGCUUUGGAUGUGCGUGGCUCUCCAAGUUUAACGACCAGUUUCAGUGGAUCCAGAUCGACCUGAAGGAGGUGGGUGUUGUGUCUGGCAUCCUCAUCCAGGGCCGCUGCGAUGCUGAUGAGUGGAUUACUAAAUACAGCGUCCAAUAUCGCACUGUGGAAACUCUCAACUGGAUCUAUUACAAAGACCAGACAGGAAACAACAGGGUCUUCUAUGGGAACUCUGACCGCUCCUCUUCGGUACAGAACCUGCUGCGCCCACCCAUCGUAGCUCGUUACAUCCGCCUGCUGCCGCUGGGCUGGCACACCCGCAUUGCCAUGAGGAUGGAGCUGCUGAUGUGCAUGAACAAGUGUACCUGAAGUGCGCUCAGCCUGCUUUUUCCUCACUGUCUAUCCUUCCCCUGCCAACCUGCUGCUUGCCAAAAGGGGGACACUGGUCCAGCACUGAAAGAACCAUCAUGUAACCGCGUUAUGACCUUCAUCUCUUUAACAUGUCUGUCUUUCUUUGGUGAUGCUCAAAGCAAACUAAGUCUGGGCAGGUGGACAUGUUCGGCGUCCUUUGAUGCACUAUUUAUCUGUCUUAAAAUUUGUAUAAAUUAAUUUGUUUUAAUAUGUAAAUACAAAGUUGAACACCUUCCUCAAUGCAUACAGGGGAUUCCAGUUUAAAAUGCAAUUAGGAGGCUGAUUUGAUUACUUAUUCCUAAACACUGUAAUGAAAACAAUAUUAUACAGAUUAAGAGUCAAAUCAAAUGAGUUUGUUUUAUUUGAGAUUUACUGUUACAUAUGUAAACAUGAAUAUUCUAAAAUUGUUAAGCAUUCAUUUGUGGGUUUAUGUUCUCAUGUAAAUGCUCUGUUGAAAAAAAAGCAGAUAAACACUGACUAUGCUACUAAUUUGUGUCUGUAAUAAAAGCACAAACUUAAUACUUGA